AUGGUCACCGCUACAUCUGCUCGACUACUUCGAGCCGCCGCUAACAAUGCUCGGCCAAUCGCCAGAAGGUGUUACGCUACUUCCGUCACUGGAUAUGGAAGAGAAGUCGAGGGUUUCGUCGGAGCCAUAGGAAAUACUCCCUUGAUUCGUAUUAAUCGAUUAUCCGAAGAAACAGGAUGUAACAUCCUUGCCAAAGCCGAAUUCAUGUCACCAGGAGGAUCAAUCAAGGAUCGAGCUGCCCUCUACUUAGUCAAGGACGCAGAAGAGAAAGGUCUUAUUAGACCUGGAGGAACUGUGGUUGAAGGUACAGCUGGAAAUACAGGUAUCGGAUUAGCACAUGUUUGUAGAUCAAAAGGAUACCAAUGUGUAAUCUACAUGCCAGAUACUCAAAGUCAAGAAAAGAUUGAUUUAUUGAGAAUGUUGGGUGCUGAUGUCCGACCUGUCCCUGCCGUCGCAUUUGAUAAUCCUCAAAAUUACAAUCAUCAAGCCAAGCGAUAUGCCGAAUCAUUAGAUAACGCAGUAUGGACCAAUCAAUUCGAUAACACAGCUAACAGAGAAGCUCAUAUCAUAACUACCGGUCCUGAAAUCUGGGAUCAAACAAACGGUGGAAAAUUAGAUGCAUUCAUUUGUGCUACUGGUACAGGCGGAACUUUAGCUGGUGUAGCUAGAUAUUUAACUGAAAAAUCAAAUGGAAAAGUAGAAGCUUGGUUGGCUGAUCCACCAGGAAGUGUUUUAUACAAUCUAGUUGAAAAUGGCAGGAUUGAAAGAGUCGGAAAUGGCUCUAUCACCGAGGGUAUCGGACAAGGACGAGUAACUUCAAAUCUCCAACCUGACCUCUCCCUUCUUACCGGGGCUAUACACGUUCCCGAUUCAGCAUCUAUCAAUAUGGUUUAUCGAUUACUUGAUGAAGAGGGUCUUUACGUCGGUGCUUCUAGUGCAUUGAACAUCUGGGCAGCAGCAGAAUUGGCCAAGAAGAAAGGUAAAGGAAGUACCGUAGUCACUAUUCUUUGUGAUGGUGCUUAUCGAUACCAAAAUCGUCUAUUCUCACGAGUAUGGCUAGAAUCAAAAGGACUCAUCUCACAUAUACCUGAGAAACUCCAAAAAUACAUUGUCCUCCCAUAG